UGCGUCCUAGACAAGUAGACACGUUUCUAAAUUCGACUUAAAUUAUGCAACGAUUUUCAUUUAUGUUUUUAUAGAAUAAGAAGUAAUAAUUAUCUGAGAUUAUGUGUUAAGUGCAACUAAUUAAAACUCAUUUACAUACAGUCCGGUUAUUUUAAUAGGAACAACAAUGAAGUGACAUUGUUUUCUGAAUGUAGUCGGUGUUUUAGAUAAACAUUAUUAGCAAACAUGAGUUUCCUUUCUAUAUUCGGUGUAAUUAAAAGAAUAAACUUCAAGUUAUCUCACACUGUUGCAAAGAAUGGCGACGUUAGGUGUACUCGACAAUUUUCAACGCGCGAAUUACUGAAGGAAGCAUAUUGUCGCACGAAAUUGAAAUGCCGAUCCAAGAAGCUCCCUCAAGAUGUUAAUCCGCGGGGUGUGUUCGCCUGCAAUGAACUAGAUCUGUCCGAAGUGCAGGUUUAUGGAUUUGACUAUGACUACACACUGGCACAUUACAAACCUACCUUGGAGCAUUUACUCUACAAUCUCGGUAGAGAUUUAUUGCUGGAAAAAUAUAAGUAUCCAGCAGAAAUUUUAACACUAGAGUAUAAACCAAAUUUUGCUGUAAGAGGUCUUCAUUAUGAUAUUGAGAAAGGCCUGCUACUGAAGUUGGAUUCAUUCCUCCAAAUACAAUUUGGAGCGGUUUACCGAGGGCUGACACCUGUGUCUACAGAAGAGGUUCUCAAGAUAUACAAGAAUAGGAUCAUUCCUAUAGCUUAUGUGGAAGGUGACAUGAGGGCUCACAAGACCAACAGGGCGAAGAUGGUGCAUCUAGCAGACUUGUUUUCCGUGCCAGAAAUGGGACUGCUAUGCAAUGUGGCAGAAUAUUUCAUUAGGAACCAUAUUGAUUACCAUCCCGAGAUCCUCUUCUUAGAUGUUAAGAAUUCUGUACAAAGCUGUCACCCCGUUAUGCACAAGAUCGUGGCACAGAACGUGGAAGAGUAUAUCAGGCCUAACCCAGACCUGAGAAAGUACUUCCAGAUGUUGCAGCAAUCGGAUAAGAAGUUGUUCCUGGUUACAAACAGUCCGUACCACUUCGUUAACGCGGGCAUGGAAAUGCUGGUGGGCCUGGACUGGCGGGAGUUCUUCGACGUGGUGAUCGUGAACGCGAACAAGCCCAAGUUCUUCACGGAGGUGUCGCGCCCCAUCAGAGUGUUCGACAAGAACGCCAACACGCACAUCUGGGAGAAGGUCACUUCAUUAGAGAAAGGCAUCAUUUAUUAUGAGGGCACAGUGAAGCAGCUACAAGACCUAACGGGCUGGAGCGGGCACCAGGUGCUGUACUUCGGCGACCACCCGUACAGCGACCUCGCCGACGUCACCCUCGAGCACGGCUGGCGGACCGGCGCCAUCAUCAACGAGCUCACGCACGAGAUAAACACGCUGAACACGCAGCAGUUCAAGGAGAACGCGAACUGGCUGCAGAUGCUCACGCAGCUCAUCGAGGACCACCAGGACUACAAGGAGCCCGAGGCUGUUGAGGUUCUUGCACAGUGGAUGGCGGAGAGAGACUUCCUGAGGAAUGAGAUCAAAGCUGUGUUCAACGCCCAGUUCGGCAGUGUGUUUCGGACUUACCACAACCCCACGUACUUCUCGAGGAGGUUGUUCCGUUUCGCGGAUAUCUACACGUCUAAUAUAAGGAAUCUGCUCAGCUACUCGUUAACGCAUACGUUUUAUCCUCGCCGCGGUGUUAUGCCACACGAAUAUGGAUCCUAUUUCGUUUAGAUUAAGAAGUUAAUAACUUAUGGUAUAGUCGGGCUUGAAAUUAGCUGGACCUUAGUUCUAUUUGUAGAACGUUGUAGUAUUUUGUAGUACCUUGUUACUUUUGGGCUCGACUACUGUAUAUGUGACGUACUCAGGCAAAAGGUGCCACUUUGUCGUCUGUCAAUAAUUUACUUAUGAUUAUAUUUUUAUCCAUACUUUUUGUCAACAUCAAAGUUCACCUUUUACCUGAACACGUUAAAUUAUAUACUUACUUAAUUUAAGAGAAACUAGCUUACUAUCAGUGCAAAUAUGAUGAAUCUGUAAAUAUUCAUAAUUAUUCUAAUUUGUAAAUAAAUACACUGAGUCGAUUCGUUUUUAAUGUUUUUGAAUAAAAUUGUUUUAACUUGUUACUUUAUCUAUUUGUUAAUGCUAGUUCAAAGAUUUUUAUUCUUUAUCUUGUAGUUUGUACGAGAUGAAAUAUUGCAUUUUAGAACAACUAAAUGUUAACAGCAUUUUUGCUUAGUUUUUUAGAAUAAAAUACACCAAAAGCAAAUCGAGUCAAAUAUGUAUUUGUCAAUAUUGUUACAUAUCAAUUUUUUUCCGGUCUAGUCUAGUUUAUUUCGCAUACAUUAGCUUUGGUAGGUGGAUCUUCUCGUUAUCACUAACUCUUUAAAUGCCAAUGACAGUAUUUUAUUUUUACUCCCGUUGUUCCAUUUUGAAAAUGUUGUU